GUACAGGGAACAUAAAGUGCUGGAAUAAGAUGAAUCCAACUAUUAACAGCAGCCCAGACUCCCCUUCCCCCCAGGACAUAACUUACCCCCGGCUCCACUGCAGAUUGAAUGCUGUGCCACAGAUGGCAUCGAUGGGACCACCGCCCGUGUUGAGCUCCCUCUGGACAGGCGGCGCUUCUCCGGACAGCCGCGGAGACUACUACGACGGCCCGCACGAAGAGUACUCCGACGGCCGCUACGAUGGCGACUACGAGGGCGACUACUCGAUGCCCACCGAGGAGGACCAAGAGGAGGAGUCGUGCUCUUGUCAGAGCCAGACCUGUCAGAGCCAGAGCGAGUUCAGCUCGAUAGAACGCACCGAGUCGGACUCGGAGUGGGAGGAGCUCUCCGACGGCCCUUCCCCCAGGGUCUCCCCGCUGGAGUCCCUCGGCGCAGUCGUGCUCUCCACAAUGCAGCCGGAGCACCGUCUACGCAUGGUGGCCUUGUACCACCUACAGAUGCUGUGCUGCGCGGUGUUCUGGCUGGUCGAGAAGACCGUGGGCGUCAACGAAACCGUCGGCUCGACGCGCCUCCGAUUGUGGAACAAGUUCAAGCUGCGCACCAUCCAGCGCCAGUUGCUGUGGCGCAUGGCCAAUGCCCGGGGCGUGCUCAUGACCACGCCCUGGCUGUUCUUCCUCAGCCUCCUGGGAUUCAUCCUGUCCCUGGCGGCGCUCCUGAAGAAGACCGUCAAGGAGCUGGUGUUCCAGAUACGCCUGCACCUCGUGCUCUAGGGGGCAGCCAUCGAGCAGAAAGCAGCAAGCAGUAUGCAAUCACACGCUGACAGAAGACAAACGUCCACACGCCCGACACUCCACCCCUCCCCUCAGAGAUGUUUGCACUUCCAUUUGGGCAUCUAUUUUCGUUGAUGCCAGAAUCGCAAUGCACGGAAUCGUCUCCGUUUUUGGCCGCAAUGAAAACAUAUGCCGAAAUAUUCGAAAUUCAAAGUCAAAUUCAAACUCAAGAGUUUCCAGUCGAUCAGAUAUAUCGUUUAUGCAUAUUACGAUCCAUUCCGUUUGGACGGGAGGCCACUUGCUCAUCCCUCAUCGCCGUGAUUGCAUUUAUUAUUAU